CUCUGGCUCGGGAUGGCAUCCCACCUCAAGAGAAAGCGCGUCCAGGACAUCUCUCUCUCAAAGGCAAAGCGUCGUCAUACCACUCCAGACAGUGAGCACGGGUCCGGACCAAGUCAGGUCUCCUCGCAGGCCCACUUCGAGGACCACGAAGAGAAACAAGACGGCUCUGACGACGACGCAGCAAGCGACGCUUCCAGUGAAGGCCACGUUGAACUCGUUGAACCGACGGAGGAUGCGCAGGAGAACGGUACCAUACAUGUGAAGGCACCUCCGAAGGGCGAGGAGCUGAGAGAUAUCAAGGAUGCUACAGACCUCUUCAGGUCUACGUCCUUCAAGUUACAGAUUGAUGCACUACUACCGAAUGUCCGAGCAAAGUAUCACCGAUCUGCGCCGCUCGACAAGUUCCUUCUUUCCUUCCAUAGCUAUCUCACCGGUCUCCCGUCCAUCACACCAAAACACCCGCUAGCCGCCUCUCGCGACCUGCAGAAGAAGGCGGUCUCCGUUCCGUACGUACUUCCCCAGCCGACCGAAGACACGAACUGGAAGGUCGCCUUUGAGAAGCCGACCGAGAUCCUCCUCGUCGGAAGCUGGGCGCUCAAGACGAGCGUGAAGGCGAAGGACGGUUACCGCUAUGGGGUCGAUGUCGCUGUCACCAUGCCGGAGUCGCUCUUCCAAGAGAAGGACUAUCUUCACAGCCGGUUCUUCCAAAAACGCGCGUACUACCUCGCCGUCAUCGCCGCAGCGGUGUCUGACAAGAAGAGCGGCUUGAACGUGGAGGUGUUCUACGACUCGACGAACGGCGAUCCCCGUUUGACGACACUCGUGCUGCGUCCCAAGCAGGAUGGCUCCGCAUCCGACUUCUCCACGCUCAGCGCCGAAGUGCGCAUCCUCCCCGUCCUCCCCUCGCCCUCCCCCAUCCCGCCGCAACGGCUAGGCCCCUCGCGGUCGAACAUCCGCACGUCCGCGUCUUCGAGUGACGCCGCCAGCGACACUCCGAGCCCUAUCUACAACUCCCGCAUCAUCCAGCACUGCACCCCUAAGCCCCAUCUCGUCUCAACGCACGCACUCAAGGAGAGCGUGCCCGCCUUCAGUGACGCGCUUGCGCUUCUGCGGGUGUGGGCGCACCAGCGCGGGUACGGCGUGGGCGAUAGGCUGUGUGUCAGAGGGUUCGAUGGUCGUGGGCCGUGGUGGGCAGGGCUGCUGGAGUGUCUUGUCAUGGGCGAGGAGGGUGCGGACGGCGGACGUCCGUUUGGGUUCGCUAAAAAGGAGAAGAGGCGGCCGCUCGGGAAAGGCCUCAGUUCGUACCAGCUGUUCAAGGCGGCGCUGGACUUCCUUGCGAGACACGACUUUGCGAAGGACCGCGUGUUUGUCAAAGCUAAGGAUGGCCAUCGAUUCCCGCCAGACGAGUAUGCUUCCCAUGAAGCCGUGCUGGUGGACUCGUCGUCCAUGCUCAAUUUGCUUGCUGGUGUGCCGUUGAGCUUGCUAGAGAUGCUUCGUCGCGACGCUCAGCAAACCUUGGACGUGCUAGACAACUCCGGUCUAACUGAAGACCCGUUCCCUCUCGUUUUCCUGAAAGAGCAAAGGGACGUAGCGAAUAGGUUUGAUGUUGUCCUACGCGUUGACCUCUCCUCCACGGAACCUCGGAACCUCUCCACCCACACCAUCCUCGAGCAUGGCUCUGCGUACAACGCACUCCUCUCCCUCCUCCUCUCCACCGCCCGGCGAGCGCUGGGGAACCGCACAAAAGCUAUCGCCGUCCUCCACCCUACGUCCUCCCCGCGCCCCCUCUCUCAAGCCCAGCCCUCCAACCCCUCGACGGUCUUCCUCGGCCUCAUCCUCGACACGGAGCACGCGUUCCGGCUCGUCGACCACGGGCCGCCCGCGGCGGAGCAGGAGACGGAGGCGUCGAAGCAGUUCCGCGAGUUUUGGGGCGAAAAGGCAGAGCUGCGGCGGUUCAAGGACGGGAGCAUCGUCGAGAGCGUCGUCUGGACGGUCGGCAGCUCGGACGAGCGCGCGCACAUCCCGGCGCUGAUCGUGCAGUACAUCCUCGCGCGCCACCUGGGGCUCCCGGAGGAGAGCGUCCGCGGCUGGCAGGGCGGCUUCGACGCGAUCGUGCGGCUGCCGGAGGACAUCGGGAGCGUGCUGAGGGACGGGCGCACGGAGACGGGGUUCAAGGCCGCGAUGGCGGCGUUCGACGGCCUCGUGAAGGCGAUGAAGGCCCUCGACGAGCAGCUCCCGCUCGCGAUCACCACCGUCAGCCCAGUCUCAGACGCGCUGCGGUACACCAGCGCCCUCGCGCCCGUCGCGACGCCCCCCUCCGUCGCGCCCGCGCUGCCCGCCUGCGCGCGAUACGUCGCGCCGAUGGAGAUCGUCGUCGCGUUCGAAAAGUCGGGCCGCUGGCCGGACGACCUCCGCGCGGUCCAGAAGAUCAAGCUCGCGUUCUUCGAGGCGCUCGCGCGCGCGCUCAUGCACGCGCAGAAGGGCCUCGCCGCGCGAGUGGUCGUCCCCGCGGCGCGCGACUCGGACAUCGCGGACCACGCGUGCCUCGAGGUCGUGACCGCGGCGGGGUGGGCGUUCCACGCGCGGAUCUGGCACGACCGCGAGCAGACGCUGCUCGAGCGCGCCAUCGACGACCGGCGGCCGCACGUCCCGGCGCACGUCAAGAAGGCGGCGGCGGCGGCGGAGGGGGCGCGCGCGGGGGCGGCGCUGGAGGCGUACCGGCGGCGGUUCGUGCACGCGCCGCGGCACCACCGGGCGGUGGCGGCGCUGGGCCACCGGUUCGCGGCGUUCGCGGGGACGGCGCGGCUCGUGAAGCGGUGGCUCGCGGCGCACUGGCUGCUGGGGGCGCACGUCGGCGCGGAGGCGGCGGAGCUGCUCUGCGCGGGGGUGUUCGUGCGCGGCGGGGGCGGGGGCGUGCCGGGGACGAAGGAGCGGGGGUUCGCGUGCGUGAUGGGGCUGCUGAAGGACUGGGAGUGGGGCGCGGGGAUGUUCGUGCCGCUGUACGGGGACGAGGCGGGCGUGAAGGGGGAGGCGCGGGUGGACGUGAAGGCGGGGGCGCGGCGGGGCGUGUGGGCGCUCGCGACGGAGGGGGACGCGGAGGGCCGGGUGUGGACGGCGGAGGGCCCGGACGCGGUGGUCGCGCGGCGGGUGCGCGCGCUGGCGCAGGCGACGUGGGAGGCGCUGCGGGGGAUGGAGGGGGGCGACUUCGAGGUGAAGACGCUGUUCGCGCACCCGACGGCGCAUUACGACUUUGUCGUCGAGCUCGAGCCCGCGUUGCUCCCGCGGUACGCGCAGAGCGUGGAGGCGGACCCGGCCGUCUGGGCGAGGAACCGCAAGUACGCGAACGCGCGCGCGGAGGACGGCGGCGGGGCGCAGCUCCUCGUCGGGUUCGACCCCGCGCGGAUGUUCUACGAGGACCUCAAGCGGGUGUACAAGGACACGUUCGUGCUGUUCCACGACCCGCUGGGCGGGCACCGGUUCGGCGGCGUGUGGGACCCGGCGCUGAGGGCAGCCCGGCCGUUCCGCGUCCUCGGCGGGUUCUCGAGCGUGCCCGCGACGAAGAAGCCGAGGGAGAAGGAGAAGGAGAGGUCGCUCGUGGUCCUGAACGAGCGCGCGGUGCUGAGCGAGGUCGAGCGGAUGGGCCGGGGGCUGGUCAGGCGGAUCGUCGUGCAGGUGUAG